AGUUUGACGACCUACUAGCGCACCCUUCGGAAGAAAGUUAGCGGAUUCGGGAAUCCGCUUUGACAUGCCGUACAUGAUCCGCUUAACCUAGUGACAUCGAAAGACGCAACAGCAACCGUACACAACUUCAACCGUCACCAUGGAUUGGUCUACGGGCGAUCUGGUGUGGUUCGAUCCCGGCCUCGGACAUCCGCUGCCAGGCGAGAUUCAAGAAGUUCAUCGUGCCGCUCAGAUGAUCAUCGUGCAGGCACUUAUCAACGGCAAGCCGCAAACGUUCACCCUCGGGCCGAAUGAGGGAAACAUACGUGCCCGGCAGGAUUUGGGCAAGACCGGUGUGGAGGACAUGACCCAGUUGGAGGACCUGCACGAGGCGUCAUUGCUGUGGAAUCUGAAGCUGCGCUAUGACAAUGGGUUGAUCUACACGAACGCGGGCAGCAUUCUGAUUGCUAUCAAUCCGUACAAAAUGUUUCCCGAGUCGUACGGCAUCGAGAUGGCCAAACUGUACUCGGGCCGUCCGCUGGGAACGCUGCCGCCGCAUCUGUUUGCGAUCGGUUCGGCGGCACACGCUGCCCUUCCAUCGUCCCAGGUCGUCGUCAUAUCGGGUGAGUCGGGCUCGGGCAAGACGGAAUCGACCAAGCUGGUGAUGCAAUAUCUUGCUGCCGUCGUCCCUGGCGGUGGUUCGGCGUCCACCGUCAUCACCGAGCAGAUUCUCGAGGCGGCUCCACUGCUGGAAGCGUUCGGAAAUGCGCGUACCGUGCGCAACGACAACAGUUCCCGCUUUGGCAAGUAUCUGGAGGUAUACUUCAAGUCGGGUGCUAUCAUCGGUGCCAAGAUUACGCAGUAUCUGCUCGAAAAGUCGCGCAUAGUCACACAGGCAGCCGGGGAGCGAAACUACCACGUCUUCUACGAACUGCUCGGUGGUUUAUCGGAGCAAGAACGCAUGAAGUACGGCCUGUUGGAGGCGGAUAAAUACUUCUACCUUAACCAGGGCGGUUCCGAUUGUGCUCCGGGUCGUAUGGACUGGGCUUCGCUUCAGAGUGCGAUGCAGGUGCUCGGCGUGACCGACAUUGAGCGGGAAGGUAUCGUGAAGGUGUUAGCCUCCGUACUACAUCUCGGCAAUGUGUACUUCCACCGGCGCCAGCUACGACAUGGACAGGAAGGUGUCGAGAUUGGUUCGGACGCCGAAAUCAAGUGGGCCGCCCAUUUGCUACAGUUGCCAUCCGAGGGCAUCCUGAAGUCGUUGACCUCCCGCAUUACGGAGACGCGUUCCGAGCGUCUAUAUACACCGCUCGGGAUCGACCAGGCGUUGGAUGCACGGGAUGCUUUGGCAAAGGCGCUUUACUCAGGACUUUUUAACUGGCUUGUAUUGCGAAUCAACUCCAUCGUACAUCGUGGCGGUACACACGAUGCACAACGUUUGUCUAUUCUGGACAUCUUCGGGUUUGAAGAUUUGGCCGAGAAUUCGUUCGAACAGCUGUGUAUCAACUACGCAAACGAAAGUCUACAGCUGUACUUCAACAAGCACGUGUUUAAACUAGAACAAGCCGAGUACGCACGUGAGCGUCUCGAAUGGACCAACCUAGAAUGGGAGGACAAUCUGCCAGUGAUUCAUCUGCUGGCCAAGAAGCCCGUCGGUAUCUUCCAUCUGCUGGACGACGAGUCUAACUUUCCGCGAGCGAAUGAUUCCAGUUUUCUCGAGAAGUGCCACUACAACCAUGCUCUGAACGAGCUUUACUCACGUCCCAGGGUCGGUGCACAGGAGUUUGGCAUCACACAUUAUGCCGGUCAGGUAUGGUAUUGUGUGGACGGUUUCCUGGAGAAGAAUCGCGACGCAUUGCGGAUGGACGUGAUAGAGCUGUUGAGCUCCAGCACGGAACCGCUGGUCGGUGAAAUGACCAAACAGCUACGCGCUCAACGCGAUGUUGGGAAAACCCUGCCCAAAGGCUCUAAUGGUCGGUUUGUCACGAUGAAGCCACGAACCCCAACAGUGGCGGCCAGAUUUUCUGACUCACUGCAGCAAUUGCUACAGUCGAUGGCCAAAUGCAAUCCCUGGUUUGUCCGGUGCGUUAAACCAAACAAUGAUAAGCAGGCAUUGCGCAUGGACAUGCCUUGUGUGCUGCAGCAGCUGCGCUAUCUUGGCAUGCUAGACACAAUUAAAAUCCGCCAGUCCGGAUAUCCUGUGCGUCUGCGGUUCCAACAUUUCGUCGAACGCUACCGGCAUCUGAUGAAAACGCCUCUACCGAAAGGGACACCUUACAGAGAGUUAUGUCGGUUCGUGCUAGACGAGCUGCCGGGAACAAACACUGAAGGGCCCGACUUCCAACUCGGAGCAACACGCGUUUUCUUGCGCGAAGCCCUUCACCGGACCCUGGAAGCGAGUCGUGCCGAUCGAUUACGGCUAGCCGCUGUAACUAUUCAGAGAAAUGUGCGUGGUAUGCUUGCGCGCAAGAAAGUUCAACGGGAAGUCCGCGGGGCCGUUACCAUACAGCGUUACUGGCGCGGGUAUCGUGAUCGUAAUCGCUAUCUCACUAUAAAGAAUGGUGUUACUAAGUAUCAGGCACUGUUCAAGGGACAUAUGCAGCGUAAGCGAUACGCCAAACUGAAGAACGAAUUAAAACGGCGCCGUGAAGCAGAACGACUCAAGAAGGAACGUACGGCGCAGCGACUGGCCAAGGAGCAGGUGGAACGAGGUUCAGCUGUCCCACUGGACAUCCCAGCCGAGUUAGCGUUCAUCUUUUCCAAAUCGGAAAACUACAGCGGUCAACAGAGCGAUCGCAAUCUGGUAAAGGUAGUUGGCACUGUGCCGGGACCACCGUCUGCUGCUGAUUUGCCACCGGAUCUUGAUCAGUUUGCUUUCGGCAAGUUUAGUUCGGUGUAUUGCAACGGUGUUAAACUGGCACCGCGUCGAGAUAUCAUCACAGCACCUUUCCUGUCGCGCGCCGCUGCCCGCGACCAAGACUUUAAGGAUGCGAUCGCCAUUUUUAAACUGAUCAUUCGUUGGACGACGGAUGCCACAAUGGAUGCUAAUCGCGAGAAAAUACUGGCGGACUACAUCGUUCACAAAGGAUUGUCAUCGCGUGGUCUUCGCGACGAAAUAUUGGUGCAGAUUUGCAACCAAGUCUAUCGGGCAGAUGAGGCAACAGCUGAGAAACUGUGGACGCUUAUGUCACACUGCCUUUCUGCCUUCCAACCCGGUUCUGCGUUCAGUAAGUAUUUGAUCAAAUUUAUCGUCGAUAACGCACCAUCCAACACGAAGGAACAGAUCCUGAAAAAACUGUUGCGGAAUGCCAAUGCUGGUCAGACAAAUCCUUGCCGAUUAUUCCCACCAUCUUGGCUCGAGUGGCGUGCAUCGUCUCGGCUCGCUGAUACAGCACUUGGGCUGAAUUUGCCCGACAACAGCGUCCAGACGGUGGCAGUCGAUUCGUGGACUACGUGCGAGGAAGCGGCAGCUUUGGCAAUAUCCUCGUUCGGCAUACCAAACCUUGGCUGGACAGUUGUGAUUGACGAAUCAGAUCAGAUGACAGAUUCGUGCGGGCUCGAUUUUGUCCUGGACCUUGUUGCAGAGAAGGAACUGCCGCCCGCUUUCCCGGCCGUACGUAGUGAUAUACUGCGCUGCGGCAGAAAACUACCACCGAAUGCAGCAGCACCAAGCAGUGGACCGAACGAUCCGUCCAUCGAACCUAGCAGCCCUAAACGUCCACAGGUUCCACCACCGGAGCCACCAUCUAUGAAGCGGAACUCUCAUGAGAUACAGUUGGUACCAGUUGCCAUCGGAAGCGGCAAGAAACAUGAGCAGGCAGAGUACAGUAACUCACGCCACAUGGAAGCGACCGGUGCCGGUCGGAAGACGUCACAUGAUGUGUCACUUUCGCGGCAUAAACUACGCGAGGAGCGUGCUUUUUACGAAGACAAAAGUCGGUCGCGCUCGUUAGACGAUCUACUAGCCGGCGAGCCGGACGAAGCGAUGAUUACGCCAGAUGCCGACGAGCCGGAAAGUUCCCUGACGCUGACGUUGGCUGAAAACAGAAUUGGCAAUAAAUAUCGCUCGGUGGAUACUAUAGCGCCACUGAAGGAGCAGCAUCCCCGAUUCGUAAAAUCACAGUACGCCGGAAAACGUACGGCCGGUUCGCACUCGUUGAAGUACGCAGAGAAGUCAGAGUUUAGUGUUCGUUCGUCAGCCAUGUCGGAUACGAGCGAAGCUCCUUCGUUGGCAAGCCAUGUGCGGCGGGUCCGGGUACCCUCACAGGCAUCCGAUGUCGACCAGUUUCUGGACGACCUGUUCAGCCCGGUACUGGAUGGAUCUCUGGACGAACUCUCAGAUGCACGUUCGCUAGCGGCCAGUAUUAGAGGUGGCGGUGCUAAGUUGGUGACCGAGCUACUUGCUACGGUACGUACCGACAGUUUGCUGACAGAUCUUGAACAAAGCGAAGUGCUCUCAAUAGCCACAAAAGGUGGAACUACACACCAAGCGAAGAAUACCACCUCGAAUGGAUUCACACCAAACGCACCAAAUCCGAUCACACCUCUAACACCAUCCAACUCUGGCUCGCUGCUUAUGAUGGGCUCCGUUAGUCCAGAUGUUGUAAUGCCAGUAUUUACCAUCCCACCGGGUGUCGACAGUACCGCCUAUCAACAGCAGAUGCAACGGGCUUUUCUGCAAUCGGCUAUGGCACAAAACAUUCAGAUCCAACAGCAACUGAUGGCUCAGAAUCAAGCCCUUCAAACGUUGCUGACGCAGCAAGAUGGUACCGGACCGUCUUCCUCCUCUCCACCUGCAGGAGCAAUCUCGCCGAAACAUGGCGGCACAACUGGCUCACCGACUUCUGUGCAACACUCGCCUAUUCGGAAAAUGAGCGCUAAAGCAGUUUCUCGCAUGGAAUCUGUCGAUCGACCAGGGCAAUCUACAUCGUCAUCGUUUUCGGACAUGCUGCGCAACCGCAAGGAUUCAUCCUCGUCCAAUUUAAUACCACCGCCGCCACCGCCACCACUUCCACCUCCUUUGGAAAUGAAAGAUCCCUUCGAGGUUCGUCCAUUCCUCGAUCCUUACGGGCGAGCAAAAACGGUGCGCAUCGGCAAAUGGCGUUGGCCACCACCGCAGGGUGUUCCAGCGAGCAGCGAAACCGAAGAAAAUUUUAUUCAAUUUAAAAUGACACGUCAGAGUAAUCGCAAAACGACACCACAGUCACAGCAUAGUAGCAACAUGGACUCACCGAUCGGAUCACCGAACGGUGUCGAAUGGGAGGAGUUUGAGAUCGAUCAGAAGCUGCAAGAACAGGCAAACCGUGACGGUGUAGAUGGAGCAAAGGGCUCUGGAUCCGGUGGACAGCAGGGUGCAAGGAUAGCAAAGCGUAGUUUCGACAUAGGAGCGGACCGACCCGCACCGAACAGUGUCGGCAAGCUUAAGCUCAGUAACGAAAUGCGACAGCGUUUGGAGCAGGUAACUGCAGGACACUCGGUACGUUCAUCUAGUGCCAAAUCGGAUCGUCCAGAGCGUACACCAGCCAAGCUGGAGGAUACGCGCCGUAUGAUGUUGGAGCAACAGCUCGGUGGCAUGAAUCCGCCGGGUGGCACAAAAUCGCCGAACGCGAUGGCAGGUGAUUCACCCUCCGUGAAGACGCAGGUACAACGCAUGGAAGCAAGCAAAAAGGGUGCCCCGGCUACAGCCUGGCCAACGGUUCUACCGCCAGCUCCACCGGGCCCAGCACCACCUCCGCCAAUAAGACCACCGACUUCGACGCCUCCGGCACCACCACCACCGAUCCAUGGUAACAUGAUGGCUGCACCAAACACUCAUCAGAACCAGUCGGAAAUUCCGUCAUUUGUACAGCGCCAAGAGCGUGACACGUUCGGUGCCAAGGACAGUUUCAUGGAUUCAUGGGGCCGUGCAGAAGCCGCCAAGCUGGACUUGGUCUACGAAACUAGCUUCAAGAAAGAGAUGAUAAUCGAACGAGAACGAUCCCGAUCUAGAUCACGAUCACGUGACCGGGAGAACUUCUCCGAAUCUGUCUGGGAUCGGUCGGAAGUUGAAGGUCCAUCGUCCACAUCAAGCGAUCCACGAGAUCGUGAUCGUGACAAGGAACGUGAGGCACGCGAGCGCAACUACGAGCUGACACAGCUGCAGCGGGAGAAGGAAAGCAACAAAGUUUUCCACCCGUCAUCGUAUACAAAGGAUAAGCAGCACCAGCAACAUCAGCAUCAGCAGCAACAGCAAUCACAGUAUCAACAACAGUACCAACAGCAGCAAAAGCAAUACUCCGCCAACUCACCGGGCUCCGGCAUUGCCACCUUCAAGACGCACAUGGUACAGAAAAGCGUACAGGAGCGCGAAAGGAAAUCAUCCGCAGCCACUACCAACGGUUCGGUUUACAGCGAAAAGCUGGAUGAUGGUGCAAUGGCCGACCCACCAGCACCGGUAAUGCCAGUCCAGAUGAAUCCCUCGUUGAAAGCACCGGCAGCGGCCUGCCUGACGUACAAUCGCGUCACCUGGACAUUGCGCGUCCGUAAGGAAGUAUUCCGCCCCAGUGAAACCGUGACCGCUCCAGCCGCUCUCGAUCUGCUCUUCAAUCAGAUCACCGCCGAUGUGUUCGGUGUAACACCUUGCAUGCGAAUAUCGCCGCAGGAGAAACGACUGGCAGUGAAUCUGCUCAGCAGCCAUGGCAUCACCGCCAACGGCCAUACAACAGCGAAGCAACAUGUGCGAGCGAUCGUAAAGCGUCACGUGCUCGAUAUGGCUCGCGGAUGGCCACUCUACUUCGCGCGGCUGUUCGUCAUGAAUGGAUCGCCAUCGAUUCAGGAGGGCACACUGCUGGCCGUCUCGCAUAUGGGCGUCUAUCUGGCCAGCAAGGAGCCAGAGUUUUUGGCAAUCCAACGCGCCAUCCCGUUCGAUGAUAUACAAAGUGUUACCACGUUGCCGCGACCGCUUACGCUGCAACUGACGCUGAAAACAGGGGCUCGCAUCGUACUGCACGCUUCCAAGGCAAAUGCGAUCCAGAUUAUGGUACAAUCGUACCUUGCCGAAUACCGACAGACCCAAUCGAAAGGUUCGACCAUAUCGUCCGGAGUGCGGGCAGCGGCAGCCACACUCAAUGUGCCGCUCGAGCGAUUGGAAACGUCCAACGUCAACAGCCCCGGCUCACCGAACCAAAUCUCGCCGACCGACAAGGGCCACCAUAUGCAUCACAUGGGCCAUCCAGGGCACCAUGGGCACCAUCACCAUCAGCAGCUGCUGGACGAGUUCGAGGAUAUGCACAUCGAUCACGGUCUGCAGGAAUCGUCACCACCACCCAUGGGUGGUUACGGUAACGAUCGUGUGCACAGCGGUAUGGGCGGCGGUGGUGGUAUGAAACAUGGCGUCAAUGGACAACAACCACCGCAGCAGCAACAACAGCACCACUCGCCGUAUGGCGAGCGCAGUCCGGGCGAUGGACCGGGCCGGGUCGGUAGUGGUGGAGCCGGCGGUGGCGCCAUGAUUGUUAACCACAAAAACUCACCCAUGGGUAACGGAAAUGGCAACUAUAGCGAUAUGCACAUCCAGGUAGCCCACCACGAGAACGAUUCGUCUCCAACGCAAACAUCGCUGACCAAGCACUCGUUGCUACAAUUCGCGAUGCAACACUUCCGUACCGAUGACGAGUUCAAAUCGAACCGAUCGGACAAACGGGCGAUGAGGAACCAGCACGCAGAUCUGGUCAAAUGGCAGGGUUACCCGUUGAGGGCGCCGCUGCUACGACUUCCAGCCGAUUUGACACCGCUUGCGCUCGAAUGUUUCGAUUGUGUUCUCCGAUAUUGCGGUGAUCUUGCGGUCGAUCCGGAGCUGUCGGAAGUGAAAUGCGUUUACACGGUGUUGAUGCACUGCCACAAACAUCUGGCCCUGCGCGAUGAAGUGUACUGUCAGCUAAUGAAGCAAACGACGGCAAAUCGAUCAGCGUGUCCAGAUUCUGCCCAGCGUGCCUGGCGGCUACUAAGCAUACUGGCUGCCUAUUUCGGAUGCUCGGACGCUUUACGACCAUACCUGAUCGAGCACCUGACUUCGGCUGCGUCCGAUCGACGCCGUCCGUGUCACGGUACCGCAGCCGUUUGUCUGACGAAUCUCCGAAAAACGGCCCGUUGUGGUGGUCGCAAGAAUGUGCCGAGUGUUGAGGAAGUUACCGCCGUGUCUGCGGGCCGAUCAGCCCGUCGACAAAUAUAUCGUCUGCCGGGUGGCGCGGAACGUAUCGUCAAUACGCGCUGUUCCACCGUUGUCGGUGAUGUUAUAGCGGAACUGUGCUCAUUGCUGGGCAUCGAGUCCCCGGCAGAGCAGCAGGAGUUUUCGCUGUAUUGUAUCGUUCAGGGAGACGCUUUUACCAUGCCGCUCGCUGCCGAUGAGUACAUCCUGGACGUGACGACAGAGCUGCUAAAGUCGGGCCAACCGUUCUACUUAAUUUUCUGCCGAUCGGUGUGGCAUUUUGCGCUCAAGCGAGAUCCCGCCCCGACGCCACUUUACAUAGAGGUUUUGUUUAACCAAGUCGCACCAGACUAUUUGGAAGGUUUGCUGCUGGAACUUCCGAAUGGGGGUGCGCCCAGCCCCGACUACGUACGCGAUAUGGCUCGUAUUGCUGCAAUUCUGCACCGUGCGGCCGAUCUGAACCACCUGCCGGCUAUGAAGGAGAUUAAAUUCCUGCUUCCGAAACCGGCGUUAUCAUUGCGCGAGCUACGUCCGGCACAGUGGGUUGCCUUGGUCCAAUCGGCAUGGCCAUCGGUGGCCGGAUUGAGCCCGAUCCAGGUGAAGGCACAGUUCCUGAACGUACUCUCAUCGUGGCCACUGUUUGGCAGCAGUUUCUUCGCUGUAAAGCGCGUCUGGGCGGACGAGAAUCCGAUGGAAGAGCCAAGUCCGAUGUGGCGCGAGCUCAUUCUCGCCCUCAACCGGCGCGGCGUACUUUUCCUUGAUCCCAACACGCACGAAACGAUGCAACAUUGGCCAUUUAAUGAGGUGAUUUCAACGCGAAAGGUACGCUCAGAGGAUGGCGCACUGUUUCUCGAUAUGAAGGUGGGCAACCUGCUGCAACAGCGUGUCAUCCGUGUGCAAACCGAGCAAGCACACGAAAUCUCACGGUUAGUACGCCAGUACAUCACGAUGGCCCAGGCACAGCAGCGCGAUCGAAGGGAAUAGAGUGCGGUCCG